AUGAACAAUACGAUUGAGCCGCGCCUGAUCGCCCUGCUCAACGAGGCCCCGGCCGAGCUAUAUACAUCUCCGUCAUUGGAGCUUCCUCCUCUCCACGACCCCAACAUCUUGAAAGCAUCUGGACGCCCGCUGUUACUGGAGCCAGAUGCGAGCAAGCGAAAUGGAAAGCCGAACUCCAAUCCACAAUUAGCUCCAAAGCACAACUCCCUACUGAAUCCGAUCGAUGAUGACGAGAAGAGACACAAGGAGAAGAGAUCUGGAGAUGGAGGCGAAAGAGCGUUAGGAGUCUCGUCGCCGCAGUCUCUGCGUAAAAUAUUGGAUGACGAUACAGAUGCUUCCGUGUCAGCAUCCACGAAGAAAAGGCCUGUCGUAGAGCCUGCCAAGGAUGAGUUUGUUCAGCUCCCCCAACCGCCAAAGAAACAAAAGACGGCAAAACAAGUAGUUCCUCCGAUCAUUAUUGGACUUUUCGAACCUCCACCGCAGGCCACUCUGUUUCCACCUAUUGCCUCCAGCUCGUUUCAUGACAGCCAUGGAAGGAAUAGUCUCAAUACCGUGCCGCCAAAAAUCAAGGUAGCGAAGGAAAGUACGAGACCAGACUCGAACAAGCACCCUGAGAAGGAUGAGCCUCAAGAGAAGAGCUUCAAGAGGAGGAAGAGUGCUCCGGGCAGGAAUAAAUGGACAGACGAAGAGACCAGCACGCUUUUACUAGGCGUAGCGAAGCAUGGAAUUGGAAACUGGACAGAUAUCAUCAAAGAUCCAAGCUUCUCCUUCAACCAAAGAUCAGCGCUUGACUUGAAGGAUCGCUUUCGAACUUGCUGUCCGGAUGAGUUACGAGGUAAGAAGGGCACUGCUACGAAUUCAAAGACAGACAGAACAAAGGCGAAGUCAAGUCUCAUGUCGCAGAACAUUCUCAUUGGUGAGGAGGAUCAGGCUCAAGGCUCAAAUGAUGGUGAUCUUGCUUCUAGUAGGCACCAAAAGACUCGAGCUCAUCGGAAGAAGUUGGAAGACUUAGCUCAGCUGGGAAUCAAAAGUGAGGUUCCCUUCAAGCCAUCUGACAGACGGGAGCGAAGACCAUACACCGAGGAAGAAGAUCGUGCGAUACUUGAAGGAUACAAGAAGUAUGGAUUUGUUUGGUCUCAAAUACAGCGCGAUCCACAAUUCAACUUGCAAAGCAGGCAGCCUACGGACAUCAGAGACAGAUUCCGUAACAAAUAUCCCGAAAAGUUCAAGAAGGAGGCCGAAGCAAAGAAGAAGAUUUCAGUGCCUGAUCGACUGACAUCUAGUUCUCAACAACCCAACAACGGAGCCACAGGCAAAGAAGAGUCUGUAUCUGGACCAUCGAUGGAUGCGUCGGACUCAUUGCCUUAUUCUCAGUCAUUUGAUUGGAAUUCGAGUAUUGCUGCCCCAUUCUAUAAUAAUUCUGGAGAAAUGGACAUUUCUCGGUUACUCCUGGAUGAGACGUGGCCUGACAUCCCAAGCUCCAGUGGCAAAGAGAAACAGAGCUUCACCGAUCUGAACAGCAUUAUGAACACGUCUUCUGCGGAGCCUGUGCAUAACGGACCAUCAUUCUUCAACUUGUUGAAUGACCCUGAUCAGAUCGAAGAUAUCAACGAUAGUUCUUUUGGUUGA